CGGAUGGUUUUGUGAGCGAACAGGAAGCAAAAAUUCCCCUGCGUUUAAAUACCUACAAAUACCAAAGUGUUUAAAAAGAGGAGACACUGGCAGCACUGCAGUGAUGUCGGUGUGAUGAUACGUGAUUAAAGCUGCUGCUGCUGCUGCUGAUGGUCGGGUCGUCACGUAUUGCACGUAGCGGAUAGGAAAUGAGGAAAUAACCAGGAAGCUGACAGCAGAUCACCUCCUCCUCACAGCUGCUGCUGCUGCUUUCAUUCACACGUAGCUACAGAGAGAAGCUGCAGUUUGUCAAGCAGAGGUCCGUGGAAACAAGAAGGGUCGUCAUGAAACUGGUGGUCAUCGUCCCCCUCCUCCUUCUCCUCGAGGUGUCCGGAUACGCAGAGUGCAGGUGUUUCUGUCAGGUGACAGGCGACCUGGAUGACUGCACGUGUGAUGUGGAGACCAUCGACCGCUUCAACAACGACCAGCUGUUCCCAAAACUCCAGAGUCUUCUUGAGUCUGAUUACUUUAGGUUCUACAAGGUGAAUCUGAAUAAACCGUGUCCUUUCUGGACUGCCAGCAAUGAGUGUGGUCUGAGGGACUGUGCUGUGCAGCCCUGCUCUCCUAACGAGGUGCCCGAGGGGCUCCGAUCCGCUCCCCACAACAAGUAUUCAGCAGAAGCGAACGAGCAGCAGGAUGAGUGUGAGAAGGCGAAGCAUCUGGGAGCUGUAGAUGUCUCAUUAAGCGCUGAGACCAGAGAGGCUCUGCUCGACUGGAACAAAUAUGACGACGAAGCAGAACGCUUCUGCGUGGUUGACGAUGAAGAGUCACCAGACUCCCAGUAUGUCGACUUGCUGCUGAAUCCAGAACGCUUCACAGGCUACAAAGGACCAGAGGCCUGGCAGAUCUGGAACAGCAUCUAUGAGGAGAACUGUUUCAAACCAUAUACUAUCAAACGACCACUAAAUCCCACCUCAUUCCAGAGCAGCCCAGGAAGUGAAGCGAGGACCUUCUACAGCUGGCUGGAAGGCCAGUGUGUGGAGAAAAGGGCUUUUUUCCGGCUUGUCUCAGGUCUGCACGCCAGCAUUAACAUACACCUGAGUGCCAGAUAUCUGCUGGAUGACAGCUGGUUUCAGAAGAAGUGGGGUCACAAUGUGUCAGAGUUCAGACAGCGUUUUGAUUCGGAGCUGACGGUCGGCGAAGGGCCCAAGAGGCUCCGCAACCUUUACUUCCUUUACCUGAUAGAGCUGCGAGCACUGGCUAAAGUUCUGCCGUUCUUCCAGCAGUCAUCCUUCCAGCUGUACACAGGCAGACCCGAGGAGGACCAGAAACACAAGGAGCAGCUGCUGGACAUCCUGCAGCUGGCCAGAUCUUUCCCUUUGCACUUUGAUGAGGCUUCUUUGUUUGCUGGGGAUGAAAAGGAAGCAGCCAAACUGAAGGAGGAUAUCAGACUGGCCUUCCUCAACAUCUCCAGGAUCAUGGACUGUGUUGGGUGCUUUAAGUGUCGCCUGUGGGGGAAACUGCAGACCCAGGGAUUAGGCACAGCCUUGAAGAUUUUGUUUUCAGAACGACAGAUUGAAGCUCUGCCCAAAUCCAGUAACCAGCGACCCAGUUUCCAGCUCAGCCGGCAGGAGAUCGUCUCCCUGUUCAAUGCCUUCGGAAGGAUUUCCACGAGCGUCAGGGAGCUGAAGAACUUCAGAGUGCUGUUAGCAGAGGAGCAGUGAGGACAUCCAGAGGAGUCUGCCUUCACCUGUUGACUCCUCUCUGAUGGGGCUUUAUUUCAACAUGUGCACUUUUGAGGUCCCAGGCCACUAAAUGCCAUCUUUCCUACUGUCUUAAACCUGUUGAAAUGUCGACUGCAAGAUCAGCUUUAAUCAGCCAAGUGUUUAUUUUUCCUUAAAAUAAUGCAUUCCUUUCUUUUGAAUUAAACUAAAGUCAUAUUUAAAAAAA